UUUAUUCCACUUGAUGCUCGUGAUUUUUUUUUUUUCUUGUUUUUUUUUUUUUGGAGUGUGUUCUUUUUUUUGGUAUUAGGUGAGGGGAGGGGGUUGCAAGGACACCGCACAGAGCAUCCUCUGUUCACACGCACCAUCCUCAUCCUCCUCCUCCUCCUCCUCCUCCUCCUCCAAGGACCUUCAGGAUCUUCUUCUCCUCCUGCAGCGGGAGCAGCAGACAUGGAUCUAUGGCUCGACUCGAUGCGGAUUUGCCGGUGGAGGAUUGUCUUCCUGCUCAUCCUCCUGUUCCGGGACCACCUCGGCUCCAUGCUGGACUGCCCGCCGACGUGCAGCUGCUCACAGACGGAGAUCUAUUGCAAUAAGUCGCACAGCGGCCGCUUCUUCCCGCUGCUCGCCGUGCAGGACGGCGGCGGCGGCGGCGCGAACGGCACCGGCACCGUGGACCUGGCGGAGCUGUGCAGGAACAUCACGUCCAUACACAUCGAGAACUGGACGGGGUUGCAGACUCUGAGAGACUUCGACAUGGAACUCUACACAGGACUGCGGAGACUAAACAUCAUGAACUGCAACCUGAAGGUGAUCCAGGCUCGGGCGUUCGAUAAGAACCCACACCUGCGCUACAUAAACCUGUCCAAGAACCCUCUCAGCACGCUGUCCUGGCAGCUCUUCCAGCACCUUCAACUGGCCGAGCUGCGGCUGGACGGCGUGGUGUUCAAGUGCGGCUGCGACGUGCGCUGGAUCCAGCUGUGGCAGGAGCGAGGGGAGGCGGGGCUUCACGCCCAGCAGCUGUACUGCAGGAACGGGGCCUCCAAGAUGAAACUGCACAACAUGUACAUUCAGCACUGCGACUUGCCAGAGAUCAGUGUGAGCCCCAGCAGCGACGUGUUAGUGAUGGAAGGCGACAACGUGACAGUGAGCUGUAAUGGAACCGCAGAACCGACGCCUGAAGUGGACUGGACUGUCAGCGGCCUGCAGUCCAUCAACACACAUCUGUCCAACGUCUACUGGCCCAACAUCCACUCCAUCAACCUGACGCUGUUCAACAUCAGCCGAGACGACAACAACUACCAGCUGACCUGCAUCGCCGAGAACGUGGUGGGCAUGACCAACUGGUCCAUCGAGCUCAAAGUGCAGUUUCCCCCCGUCAUCCUGACACUGGCCGAGCCCGAGCAGCGCCAUGACACCUGCAUCGAGUUCACGGUGCGAGGUUCCCCCAAGCCCAAGCUGCGCUGGUUCCACAAGAACAAGGAGAUCAUCCACAACCAGUACAUCCGUACGGAGAUGAUGGAAUACCACGACUACCUGGAAGGCUGCCUGACGUUGCAGAACCCCACGCACAUCAACAACGGCAACUACACCCUGGAGGCCAGCAACUCUCUGGGGACGGUCAACAAGACGGUGUACGGUCACUUCCUCAUGGCGCCGGGCCUCGAUGACGAAGACGUGGUGAAACUGGUCCCCUCGGCGCCGACGGACUCGGAUUCGGGCCGCCCGGACGAGGACACGUUCGGGGUUUCCAUCGCCGUGGGCUUGGCGGGCUUCGCCUGCGUCCUCCUCCUCGUCCUUUUCGUCCUCAUCAACAAGUACGGGCGACGCUCCAAAUUCGGAAUGAAAGGUCCAGUGGCCGUGAUCAGCGGCGAGGAAGACUCGGCCAGCCCCCUUCACCACGUCAACCACGGGAUCAUAACGCCGUGCACGCUGGACGCGGGGCCGGACGCCGUCGUCAUCGGGAUGACUCGCAUCCCCGUGGUGGAGAACCCGCAGUAUUUCCGACACGGACACAACUGCAACAAGCCGGCUACUCUGGUGCAGCACAUCAAGCGCAGAGACAUCAUCCUGAAGAGGGAGCUCGGCGAGGGAGCCUUCGGAAAAGUCUUCCUGGCCGAGUGUUACAACCUGAGUCCCACCAAAGACAAGAUGCUGGUGGCUGUCAAGACGCUGAAAGACCCCAACCUGUCAGCCAGGAAGGACUUCCAGAGGGAGGCGGAGCUGCUGACCAACCUGCAGCACGACCACAUCGUCAAGUUCUACGGCGUGUGCGUGGACGGCGACCCCCUCAUCAUGGUCUUUGAGUACAUGAAGCACGGAGACCUCAACAAGUUCCUCAGAGCCCACGGUCCAGACGCCAUGAUCCUGGUGGACGGCCAGCCCCUGCAGUCCAACGGCGAGCUGGGCCUGUCCCAGAUGCUGCACAUCGCCUCCCAGAUCGCCUCGGGCAUGGUCUACCUGGCCUCGCAGCACUUUGUCCACAGGGACCUGGCCACCCGCAACUGCCUGGUGGGCAACGGUCUGCUGGUGAAGAUCGGAGACUUCGGCAUGUCCAGGGACAUCUACAGCAGCGACUACUACAGGAGGACGAUGGUUCGAUCCUCAGCCGGGACACACGAGGUGGGAGGACACACCAUGCUACCGAUCCGCUGGAUGCCCCCCGAGAGCAUCGUGUACAGGAAGUUCUCCACGGAAAGCGACGUCUGGAGCUUCGGAGUCAUCUUGUGGGAGAUCUUUACCUACGGGAAGCAGCCCUGGUUUCAGCUGGGCAACAACGAGGUGAUCGAGUGCAUCACGCAGGGCCACGUCCUGGACCGCCCCCGCAUCUGCCCCAAGGAGGUGUACGACAUCAUGCUGGGCUGCUGGCAGAGAGAACCCCAGCAGCGACUCAACAUCAAGGACAUCCAGAAGGUUCUGUUCGCCAUGGGGAAAGCCACGCCCGUCUACCUGGACAUCCUGGGCUAGGCCCCGCCCACAACCCGCUCCACUGUCGAAGAAACAACAAGGUUUUUUUGGGAAGGACUUAAGUGCCUGCAACACUUUUGGAUAUAGUGGAUAUAAAAACACACAAAAAAAACUUUUACAUUUUGUUUACUUGCGUGUGAGCUGUACAGUUUGAAGACUUUCAAGUCCCCCUCCAGAAACCGCCAACCCUGAGGAGAAGGGCCACGUAGUAACCAAGACCACCACAGCUAGAACCUCCCCCGGCUUUUGGUUUGAUGAAUAUAUAUAGAAAUAUGACAUAUAUUUUAUAUUUAUUUCCUUUGGUCCAGGUCCUGUUGCGUGCUAAGGGCUGGUCCUCGCCCGAGACGCCAAACAAACUUUUGGCCCCGGGGCCUCCGAGAUGGACGCCUUACUUGCACUCUGGGAAAGCAGGAGGAGAGGACCUUCUUCCCCAACCGCCAGACAAGUGACAAAUCUAUUUUAAUUUCGCAGAAAAAAAACAAAAAAAAAGGAGAAGAAUGUACAUAUUGUAAAGUUUACGUGUCAAAGUUGUGUUAACUUAUUGUUUCCCCACACUUUCUUGUACCACUGCGAGCGCGCCGUCGCUUUAAGACGGCUUUUCCACGCCAGUCGAGAACUUUUGUUUUUUUUCUCUCAAUUUUGAGUACAAAGCGCUAUUUUUGGUUGCAGGUUUUUUUCCGAGAAACGUUCCGCGUUAAUAAUUCAACGUGGUCUGUGCUCAGCCCGAGACGCUCGCUAUCACGUUCUUGAAGAAAACCGCCGCCGACGCUAUCGAGAGAAACAACAAAAAUCUUUAUUUUAUUUUAUUUUUUAAAGCAGUAAAGCAAAGUUUGUGGUUGUUCAUAUUUGAGAGACGGCUGCGAAAGUUUGCAGCUGUGCUAUAAAGCUGCGGAGCGUUACAUACACGAGUAUUACCAGGGAAAUAGUUGUCGUGACGAAAAGAUACUAACUUGUUGCGUCCAAAAAAACAUUUUAGCUUCUUGUUACGUCCUGUAGAACAAUAUGGCCCGCAAAACAUGUGGAAGGAGACAAUGUUUGGGGGAGACCAAACAUUGGUAUGGAUGGUUUGGUUGCAAAAACAAGAUGACUGACGUUGCUUCUCUAAAUUCUGUCCUUGUCUGUGGGAAAUUUAAAACGUCUUCAAUAAUCAGUUGCAGUUGUCUCCAUUUUUUUUUUCAUUUGUUGGAGGGGAAAUGAAAAAAUUUGCCAUAUAAACUUUCCUGCACUUAAAUCAUGAGAAAACAUCGGAAAUGUUACGUUGUUUUUCUGCGCAAUUUAGCUACAUUGUUCCGGCUACUUCGACUAUGUUUACACGAAGCUAUGUUCUUUUUAUGUUAUUGUAGUGGCUUAAUAUAACUCGGAAAACCAGAAAAGUAAAGUAGAAAUGUUAUGAGAAAACAUCGGAAAUGUUGAGAAAUCAAGAAUUUCUUCCAUCGUAAUUCCCCCCCCCCCGUAAUAUCGCAACUGUAUUUUCACAUCAUUGAUACAUUUCUCAAAACUCUCCUUGCAGAUAUUUAGUCAUGUGAGAUUCUGACUUUAUUAAAGUGGCUUUUUAUAACUCGGAAAACCAGACAAUUUACUUUAAGUAGAAAUAUUAUGAGAAAACAUCGGAAAUGUUACGUCGUUAUUCUAGGGGGGAAAAUCUCAUUAUUCAAAUUUAGUUACAUUGUUCCAACUACAUCUACUAUGUUCUUUUUGUGUCAUAUUCCAAUUUUAAUCUCUUUAUCUUUGAGAAAUUAAGAAUUUCUUCCAUCAUAAUUUUUUCCCCCCCCGUAACAUCGCAACUUUAUUUUCACAUCAUUGAUACAUUUCUCAAAACUUUCCUUGCAGAUAUUUAGUCAUGUGAGAUUCUGACUUUAUUAAAGUGGCUUUUUAUAACUCGGAAAACCAGACAAUUUACUUGAAGUAGAAAUAUUAUGAGAAAACAUCGGAAAUGUUACGUCGUUAUUCUGGGGAGAAAAAAUUCACAAUAUUACAAUUUAGCUACUUUGUUCCAGCUACUUCUACUUUGUUUGCAUGAAGCUAUGUUCUUUUUAUGUUAUUGUAGUGGCUUAAUAUAACUCGGAAAACCAGAAAAGUAAAGUAGAAAUGUUAUGAGAAAACAUCGGAAAUGUUGAGAAAUUAAGAAUUUCUUCCAUCGUAAUUUUUUCCCCCCUCGUAAUAUCGCAACUGUAUUUUCACAUCAUUGAUACAUUUCUCAAAACUCUCCUUGCAGAUAUUUAGUCAUGUGAGAUUCUGACUUUAUUAAAGUGGCUUUUUAUAACUUGGCAAACCAGAAAAUGUACUUAAAGUAGAAAUAUUAUGAGAAAAUAUCGGAAAUGUUACGUCGUUAUUCUGGGGGGGAAAAUGUCAUUAUUAAAAUUUAGUUACAUU